GCACUCUCAUUCAAGUGCCAAAGACUGGCCACAACAGCCAACAUCUUCCAACGCUGCAUGCUUGUUGCGUUUCUCCACAAACCCACACAAUUUUCAACCCCACCAACACCUUGCAUCGCUGCUGUCAACGGAAAAUUUGAUAGACCAUAGUCGCGUCUCUCUUCAAAUUAGCAAGAAGUUUGUUCGGAUAUCAUAUAUUUGUGAACUGGUAUUGGCAUUUGAAAGAAGGUACAGCGCCGCAAGCCACUGUCAGACACAUAGUCCCAGCAAGUGAGUGUCCCAGCAGACUAAUUGACAAGGAUCUAUUAGCGCGGCGAGGGCCAACCGUCGCAACUUUUGACACAGGAACUGAACGCUGUCAGUGUCAUCCAUUUACUGGUCAGCUCAUCAGGUCGUAUACCAAUAACACCAUGGAUCACAUACCUCCUGGCGUCCGAGCCAAGAUGGAGAAACGAGUCCAAUUCGCAGCACCUCUGGUGGCAGUGAUACCCCGCAGCACUGCCCAAGGAGACAGCCAUCAAUCGUCUUCUCCUCUAGCGGCAUCAUCCGGAUCAUCAUUCGGCUGGUAUACCUCCAAGGAGCUCAGAGCUAUACGCAAGGGCAUUCAUGCGUUGGUUGACUCUGAGAAAGACCGGAAAGGUUGUCAAUCAUCACAGCACGAGACUAGAGGCUUGGAGAUAUUCCUCUCUAAAGUGAGAAAGGACCUUCAAAGACACUAUGCUCGGACUGUCCUGGAGGCCCAAAGACGCAUCAAGCAAACAAGACGGUUACGAGUGGACUUGGCCGACACUCGCGACGACGACGUGAUGCUGCGAGGUGUGGCCGAGAAGUACAGCGAGUAUGCCCGCGACAGGGCUCACCAGAUUGCUCUGCGAGAUCAGGAUGACAGUCGGCGCCUCAACGGUAGUUUUAUUAUCAGCUCGAGCAAACACAACAACAAGGAGGCCGUGUUGGCCUCGUCGUCCUCCAAGAAACGGGUUCUCGUGGAUCAUUCACAGAGGAUAGGAAGGAAACGACCAAACAUUGCACCUUGUGGAGUCCUAGUUGGCCUCAACUCAUAGGCAAACUCCCCCGAUCUUUCUUCUGCCAUGGGCAGUACAACCUCUAUGCAACGUCUCAUAGUAGCUAGUAGUACCGGCAGCUACUGAAGAAUCCUCAUUGUCAUAAAAGUAUAGAACACACAUCACACUUUGUCAUGUUGAGGGUGCCAGAAGGAUCAGGUUUGAUUGAUUACACUCUCACGUUGGAAGGUGGUGGAAAGAUCAGGAGCGAUCUGAGAGUUGGGCAUGGCCUGAUACCCGAUGCUUUGAGAGCAGCAUCAUAGGUUGACACCUAAUAGUAGGCAGUGAUGUCUCCAGCGAAGCAUUGGAGAGCUGUGGUUAUGUCCGCUAGUGGGGUUACGAGUAGAUUGUGUGACGUACAACAAAGCUACAAGUCAUUGACAGCCAGCCAUACAAUGAAAAAGCCACACUUGGUCAACAACAGCAUCAGCGGUAAAGCUAUAAAUCCAAAGGGCGACCCAAGUUUCUCAACUUUACCCACCGUCUCUGAUCGACACUCGAUAGCCACACCAACCCUACUCAUGCAAACCCCAGAAGGUGGCUGAGUACCAUAGCACCGG